UGUUGUUUUCCUACCGGAGCCGGGAGCACGGCGUUGGGGUGGCGGAGAAUCGCGGCGCGCUGACGGGGAACGCCAUGGAUUCCAGCCGGUAGUACAAGUCGGGGAUUUGGGCGAACCGCCGACCUGAUGGUGCACUGCAUUUCUAUGGUGUGGCGCAAGGUGUUGAGGAAGCGCUGGGUCCUUGCCGUGGUCUUCGGCCUUUCCCUCAUCUAUUUCCUGCGCAGCACCUUGAGACAGCUCACCGCCAUUAUGUGGGAUAUGCGAAUGGAACCUCAGAAUGAUUACUCAAUCUGUUUCUGGAGGCUGAGGUGUUAAAAGAAAAACGAAUGGAUACAAAGGAGGAAAGAACAGUUCUCGACAGAAAUUUGUUGCAGCUUCGAGGCCCUGAACGGCGAAUCGUAUGGAAAGUGCGUUUUAACCUGGGUAACAGCAGUAGACAGAAUGCACAGUGUCGAAACUCCAUCCAGGGUAAACUACUAAUUACAGAUGAACAAGGCUAUAUCUGUGAAAGGAAGAACUUGCUUGUAAAUGGCUGCUGCAGCAUAAAUGCUCCAAGCACGAAAUUAUAUGCAUGUGACACCUGCCUACCUAAUGACUGCUGCAGUGUGUAUGAGUACUGUGUUUCUUGUUGCCUUCAGCCAAAUAAACAACCUCUAUUAGAACGCUUCCUGAACAGGGCUGCAGAAGCCUUCCAGAAUCUGUUUACAGCAAUUGAGGACCACUUUGAGCUCUGCCUGGCAAAGUGCAGAACUUCUUCUCAGAGUGUUCAACAUGAAAACAACUACAGAGACCCUGCUGCAAAAUAUUGCUACGGAGAAGAUUUACCAGAGUUACUUCCACUGUAACCUACAUUGUUAAAAUGGGAAUUACACAGUAACAAAAGCAUAUUUUGUUUGGGCAAACUUUCAUUGUGGAAGGAAUACAGAUUUUCUUAUUAUAAGAAACUACAGUAGUUUUAUUUACUUUACCAGUAUUUAAUUAUUUAUUUAGUUUUAACUUUUGAACUGCCUUGAUUGCAGCAAUCAAGGCAACCAAAUGCCAAACAAUAUCCAUCCAAAUCUGUAAUUAGUAUUGUGGUGAAUAUUGCAGCCUGAGCAGACUACUGCCAGCAAACAAAGAAUCAUCUGCUACAUUAAUUACAGUUUAUUUGCAUAUUUGGAAAUUAAUCUGUGCAAGAUAUGUAAAUAUAUGCAUAUGUUUAUUAAAAUUAAAAUGUACAGAACAUUUGAUUUAUGAGCUGUUCAGGCUUCUUGAUUGUCACUUUAAGUCUUUACAAUUCAUGAAGGUGGCUAAUAUUUUUGAGAUGAGUGAGCUAGGAUAUUUGAUUCUGCAAAGUUGAAUUGUUUUAGUGAAGUGUAGAAUGCAAACUUUGGAGAGUGCUUGGAUUGCUAAUAUUAAAUUAUCUCUAAUUAACCUGAUAAAUAUUGUGCUUACUGUGUAAUAUUCUAUAUUGAUAAUAUAUCAUCAAUAAAAAUGGGGUUAGAAAUUUGUGUUCAGUGGAAUUGCUGUAGUAAUGAAUUCACAUUAAAUUUGUUCUUUGAAGUCUAUAUAACAAAAUUUCCGAAGCCAAGUUCCUUGUGCAUUAUUACAUCAUUUAGUACAUGCAACAGAGAAGUUUUUAUCCUGUGAUAUCUUACUUGAUUUACACAAGCUAAAGAACAUUGGAAAUCUCUGGAUGUUCCUGAUAAUGUCAGCACUUUGAAGGUGACAACCCAUUAAUCUGUGAAAGAUAAAACAAAAGUUUAGGGGGCCAUUUUCUACAAUGUAGAUAAAAUUUUAAAAAAUAGGGAAUAGGGCAAAUUUGAGUUUCCUGACAUGGCUCUUGAAAAAGGCAGUUGAACUGAGAAAAAGGAAAGAAAGCAAUUGUGGAGCUGCAGAUAAAAUGAGCCCAUUUGUCGUAAUAAUCUUAAUUUUAUUAUAUAUAUUCAUUGAAUAUUCAAGGUUAAAAGGCAUUUACCGUGCAUUAUCUUUUUCCAUUGAGUGUCCAAGCUGUUGAGUUCGAUGUAAAGGAUUAAUAAAUGAAAAAUGUUAAAAAGAGACAGUUUUUCUGUAUGUUUUUGUAUUAAAGACAUUAUGAUGUAGAGAGUAUUAUCCUGAGGGCUGAAAUAAAUCAUGUGCUUUCAUGUUUUAAAAAUUUCAUAUGUGAAGUUUCUAUUAACUUAAUAUAAUCUAAUUUAUUUUGUGUAUGCAAUUGAAUUGAUAUGUGACUACAAUAUGUAAAAUCAUAUUUUUGAUGUCACUGGAAUAAUGUCAAAUUAAAUGACAGUCAUGAAAGUUGACAUCUGUAA